UGGCAGCGAGGCGCAGAACUGCAGGCGCUCACCCCGGGCAGCGGCUGCGCCUUCUCGCUCCCAGUCCCGGCCGGCUGCUGGCGGGUCCCGACCUCGGCACCUACAGCUUGGAGGAGACAGAGAAUUUAACCAGAGGCCCGGUGGCCUGGACGGCUGUCGGAACAUGGCAACCGGUGUGGGGCUCGUCCUGGAAGGAGGGGACUUUGGCCACUGUGAUGCCUAAGGAUCAAGUGCUGCCUCUCUCUGGGCACUUCAUGCGGUUCCCCUUCGUCCUGUCCGCACCUCUGCUGCACGUGGCUCUGGCAACAUGGGGGAGAAUGAAGACGAGAGGCUGGCCCAGGCCGGUCAGGUCUUUGAGAACUUUGUGCAGGCUUCCACCUGCAAAGGCACCCUCCAGGCCUUCAACAUCCUCACCCGGCUUCUGGACCUUGAUCCUCAGGACCACAGAAACUUUUAUUCCAAGCUCAAGUCCAAAGUGACCACCUGGAAGGCUAAAGCUCUUUGGCACAAGUUGGACAAGCGUGGCUCCCACAAAGAGUAUAAGCGGGGGAAGUCAUGUAUGAACACCAAGUGUCUCAUCAUAGGAGGAGGACCCUGUGGGUUACGAUCCGCCAUUGAACUUGCCUACCUGGGAGCCAAAGUGGUGGUGGUGGAGAAGCGGGACGCCUUCUCCCGGAACAAUGUGCUGCACCUCUGGCCCUUCACCAUCCAUGACCUGCGCGGCCUGGGAGCCAAGAAGUUCUAUGGGAAAUUCUGUGCUGGCUCCAUUGACCACAUCAGUAUUCGUCAGCUGCAGCUCAUUCUAUUCAAGGUGGCCCUGAUGCUGGGAGUUGAAAUCCAUGUGAAUGUAGAGUUUGUGAAGGUUGUUGAGCCUCCCGAAGAUCAAGAAAAUCGAAAAAUUGGUUGGCGGGCAGAAUUUCUCCCUGCAGACCACCCUCUGUCGGAGUUUGAGUUUGAUGUCAUCAUCGGUGCUGAUGGCCGCAGAAAUACUCUGGAAGGGUUCAGAAGAAAAGAAUUCCGUGGGAAGCUGGCUAUUGCGAUCACCGCCAACUUCAUAAACAGGAACAGCACCGCUGAGGCAAAGGUGGAAGAGAUUAGCGGUGUGGCUUUCAUCUUCAAUCAAAAAUUUUUUCAGGACCUUCGAGAAGAAACAGGGAUUGAUCUGGAGAAUAUUGUUUAUUACAAAGAUUACACCCACUAUUUCGUCAUGACGGCCAAGAAGCAGAGUCUGCUGGACAAAGGUGUCAUCAUUAACGACUACAUCGACACGGAGCGGCUGCUUUGUGCAGAUAAUGUGAACCAGGAGAACCUGCUUUCCUAUGCCCGAGAGGCUGCUGACUUCGCCACCAACUACCAGCUGCCAUCGCUGGACUUUGCCAUAAACCACUACGGGCAGCCGGACGCGGCCAUGUUCGACUUCACCUCCAUGUAUGCCUCUGAGAAUGCGGCCUUGGUGCGGGAGCGCCAGUCACACCGGCUGCUGGUGGCUCUGGUCGGAGACAGUUUGCUUGAGCCGUUUUGGCCCAUGGGCACUGGCUGUGCCCGAGGCUUCCUGGCAGCCUUCGACACGGCCUGGAUGGUGAGGAGCUGGAACCAGGGCACGCCUCCCCUGGAGCUGCUGGCUGAAAGAGAAAGUCUUUACCGGCUGUUACCUCAAACAACCCCAGAGAACAUCAACAAGAACUUUGAGCAGUACACGCUGGACCCAGGGACUCGGUACCCGAACCUCAACUCCAACUGUGUCCGGCCCCACCAGGUACAGCACCUGUACAUCACCAAGGAGCUGCAUCACUUCCCUCUGGAGAGAGUGGCCUCCAUGAGACGGUCUGUCGGCCUCUCCCGGCGGGAGUCAGACAUCAGGCCCAACAAACUCCUCACCUGGUGCCAGCAGCAGGCCGAGGGCUACCAGAAUGUCCGCAUCACCGACCUGACCACGUCCUGGCGCAGUGGCCUGGCUCUGUGUGCCAUCAUCCACCGCUUCCGGCCCGAGCUCAUCAAUUUUGACUCUUUGAGAGAGGAAGAUGCUGUGGAGAACAACCAACUGGCAUUUGAUGUGGCCGAGCGUGAGUUUGGCAUCCCCCCGGUGACGACAGGGAAAGAGAUGGCAUCCUCCCAAGAGCCCGACAAGCUCAGCAUGGUCCUGUACCUCUCCAAGUUCUACGAGCUCUUCCGGGGCACCCCGCUGAGGCCUAUGGAUUCUUGGAGCAAAAACUACCAAGAAAAUGCUGACCCUGACGCGGCCAAGUCAUCCCUUACCCACAAUUAUCUCAACCUCACGUUUCCCAGGAAAAGGACUCCACGGGUGGACAACCAGACCCAGGAGAAUGACAUGAACAAGAGGAGGCGGAAAGGCAUCAACAACCUGGACGAGCCUUCGGCCUUUUCCAGACGGAGCCUGAACUCUGAUCCAGAAGGCGGCGGCAAUAAAGAAGGUGGAAAUCAGAACAAAGUCAAGUCCAUGGCCACUCAGCUGCAGGCCAAGUUUGAGGAGAAUUCUCGGAGCUCAUCCCUGCUGAGGCAGGAGCACCGUGGCUCAGGGAUAGGUAAGCCCAUCGUGCGCUCCUCCUCCGACCCGCCUGUCUACGGGCGCGGCCCCCCUCCGGAGGAGCCCACACCCAGCCCAUCUGCUCCUCUGAAAAGGCAGCUCUUCCCGGAAAUUGUGACUGGGCAAGUGCUCCAGGAGCUAAAGCAAAUAGCCACUGGUGGCGAGGGCAAGAGCAGGCCCUGGAGAGCCAGAGCUAAGUCUGACCUACAGUUGGGGGUGACCCACCACCCUGCCGCCCUGCCUGCCAUCUGUCCCAGAGCGCUGGCUCUCUCCGGGGUGUUGCGGCGGCUGCAGCAGGUGGAGGAAAAGAUUGUCCAGAAGAGGGCUCAGAGCUUGGCCAACAGGGAAUUCCACACAAAGAACAUUAAGGAGAAGGCAGCUCACCUGGCCUCCAUGUUCGGACAUGGGGAUAUCCCUCAGAAUAAACUUCUCUCUAAAAGCCUGUCUCCUACUCUUCCUCGAUCCUCUCCCUCCUGCCUUCCAUCUCCCGACACAGCUGCAGCUUCUUCUCCACCAGCUGCUGAUUCUGUUUCUCCUGCCAAAAAGCUGACGGUAGGGAAGGUGUCCAGCGGAAUAGGGGCUGCGGCGGAAGUGCUGGUCAAUUUAUACAUGAAUGAUCACAGACCUAAGACCCAGGCCACCUCUCCAGACUUGGAUUCUCUGCGAAAGUCGUUUCCCACCAACCUGGGCGGCAGCGACACCUGCUACUUCUGCAAGAAGCGCGUGUACGUGAUGGAGCGGCUGAGCGCGGAGGGCCACUUCUUCCACCGAGAGUGUUUCCGCUGUGACAUCUGUGCCACGUCCCUGCGUCUGCCCUCCUAUGCCUUUGACAGCGAUGAAGGCAAGUUUUACUGCAAACCUCAUUUCAUUCACUGUAAAACCAACUGUAAGCAACGGAAGAGACGGGCAGAGUUGAAGCAACAAAUGGAGGAGCAGCGGACGUGGGCGGAGCAGGACACGCCGCGGCGGGACGCGCCCCCGGAAAGCUCCUGUGCAGUGGCCGCCAUCGCCACCCCCGAAGGCAGCCCCCCAGGUAUCACCACUUCCCUGUUUAGGAAGGUGCUCGGCUGGCCCUUGGGGCUGCCGGGGGCCCUGCGUCGCCUCCCCCGGAGCCUGCUUAACUGGAUUCAGGGACUCCUCCGCGCCACCGGCCUCCAUAUCAGGGACAAUGCUCACAACUACUGCUACACCUACGAGCUCCUGAGCCUCGGGCUGCCCCUGCUCUGGGUGUUCUCCGAGGUCCUGGCCUCCAUGUACCGGGAGUCCGAGGAGGCCCUGGAGAGCAUCCUCCGCUGGGUGCUGCGCUGCCUCCCGAUCAAACUCCAGUGAAGUCCGGCCGCCCCCCCUCCCCACCCA